GGUCGGUAGUAGAUAGCUGCAUUCUGCAAAGUAAAUCAGUGUCAUAUUCUCGCGGCAGAUGGCGCGUAUUUUUUAUCACAGUCAACGAAAGCUUAUCGUGUCAGUCGUUUUCAUUGUACAUAUUAUUUCGUUUUUCUACCACCAUGACUCGUAAUCCGACUGAUAAUUAUUAUCAUCAUUAGGUAUUGUUUGUUAGUCUAAUUUUUUUUAAAUGUUGCUUCUUGCUUAAUAGUUAAUACACUUAUACACAUACGCUUCUGUUGCCCAGUCGUUCUGUGUUUUAUUAAUUAUAAUCGUAGUUCAUCAAUAUUACACAUAAUAUUUAUAUGUAGAGGACUGUUGUGGACUCCCGAUCGUCGAGAUGAAUGUCAAGAAGAAGAUCUUGCCAGCGAUAUGCUUGGUAUCCGCAUACGUGCACUGGAUCAAGCCUCGUCUGCUGUCCGAUUCCGCGUCUAAAAGUGGCAAGUCGCUGCUGUUGAACCUUUGCGCCCGUUCCAGAUUUCUCAUACCCAUGAUGGUGUUUACUGCGUUUUGGCUGUUUGAUACACAGAUGCAAAUUGAAGCUUCUAUCAGUUUUACGUUCAGUCGCAACGUUCAAAUAACUAUUGGUGCACCCGAAGAGGAAGUCAGAGUACAUAAUAUGGAUGAGGAUGACGACGAUGACGAUGACGAUGACGAUGAUGAUGAAGGUGUUGAUGAUAGCAUUGAUUCAUAUUCAGAUAUAUCUUCCUCUUCUGAUGUCAGCUUGAUUGCAUUUGAAGACUUGCAAGUAGCAUUGCAAGAGUAUGUCAAUAAUCAAAAUGACAGGAUUGCUAUUAGACGUUCCGUUCAUCAUGAUCAUCACGAGCAAUAGAAAUAACACUAAGCGAGUUGAAUGAAAGAACGGUUUUUUGCCAUCCAAAAGAAUGGAGUAGUAUUUUACUAAGUCAUAAAUUAACUACUCUAAAUGUAAUAUAUUUUGUUUUUGUUUAAUAAGGUACUAAAAUACCAUAAUUUUAGAGUUUAAAUAAAUUGCGUAUACACGCGUGUUAAUGGUUGUGUGUAUAUUCACAUAUUUGACUAUUAUUGACACGUUUCAAUGUUUAUAUUGUAUACUUACGUACUAUAUAAUAUUAAGUGUGUAGUAACUAAUUUGAACCACAUAUUAUACCGGUGGUCUUGUUUACGAUGUUAAAGAAUUAUCUGAUUUCUGCUUUAAAAAUAUUAACGAUUCGCGAAUUCAACGCAGUGAGAAAAUACUUGGAUUCCAUUUUUUUUUGCGUCGUGAACACCUCAUAUAUCUCCGACUUUAUUCCUCGAAUCGUGUGACAGCCCAGUAGUAUAUAUAUAUAUUAUUAUAUUUAUUUAUUUAUUUUUCUCAUUCCCAACUUAAAUAAAUGUAAUGUAGGUAUAAUAGAUGUACACACAUAUUAUAAUAUUAUAUGUUAAUAUUUAUUAUAGAAUAGGUACGUACAUUUGAUAAUAUCCUUAAUGAGUAUGAUAAUUUCACAAUAAAUAACAAAUUACAAAUUGUUAGAUUUUGAGCACUUACAUUUUAAAGAGUAUUUUUUCUAUCGGUAUAAUAGGUGGUUCAAAACAUAAUUUUAAUUAUGAAUGUGAGUGAACAAUGAACAUACAUCAACAACAAUGAGAAGACUGAUGUAAAAACUAUUACUUGGCAGUAUUUAAGAUUUCUGAACAUUAAUUUUUAUUCAAUGUAUGAAAUUGCAAUUGUAUUUUAAUCUUGUAUAGCAUUAAAAAUACUACACAUUACAUAAACUUAUAUAAUAUGUAUAAUGUGUGUGUUUAUUUAAUAUAUAGUAAGUACUUAUAUACGAUAUUUAUAAUAUAAGGUUAAUAUAUUUAAUUUUUUUUUUAUUGUAUACAA